AUUCUCACCGAUUUCCAAUAAUCAUUUUCGAUUUAGUUAAAAAAUAACUUAAAUCUUCUAUAAAUAAAGAUUAAUUGACGGACCUUUUAAAAGUAAAAUAUAAUGAUACACAGUGUUGUAAAUACAUAAUACUGUCAUUCCAAUAUUCCCAUUACGGCACAAUAUUUUGCUGUUGCCACGUUCUAUCGCCUCUAUAUUUUGUAUAGUAAAAUGAUUGAUAUCAUUUAAUUGUGUUUCUGGUUAUAAGAAAGAAGCAGCCAUGUCGAGCAUGUCUGACAGGAAGGCGGAGUUGGAACGUAAAAAGGCCAAACUCCAAGCCCUCCGUGAGGAGAAGGACCGUCGCCGCAGGGAGAAAGAACAGAAAGAUGCUGAAGAGGCACUGCAACGCGCAACCACGGCGUCCAGCUUGGACAGCCGCCGGGAUCUGGACGAGAUGCUGUCGUCUUUGGGCGUGGCGCCAGUGAAGGAUGUACUGUCCUCGCUCUCGUCUAUGACGUCAUUGACGCCCCCGCAAACCGCCUCACCUGACGUUAGUCUCCCGCAUACUGAUAAAUCAAGCUUACCAGUACAUGGUGGUCCCAAGAAGCCUCUCCAGUUGCAAGUGGUGUCGGUUCAGUCCACUGACAUACCACCUAAAGAGAAUGUCACAUACGCCAAGCAAACACAGACUACCACUUCUGGCGUCACCGAGUUGCGAGAUGGAUACAUGGAGGACUGGUGGCGGCCGCGCAAAGCACACGCAACCGACUACUACGAUGAGUACAAUCUAAACCCGGGUUUAGAGUGGGAGGACGAGUUCACAGUGCUUACAUUCGACGGCGACGCCGCUCGGCAAGGUGACGACGAGGAGGCCGCCUUCCAUGGGAAACUGCCGCCGGGCAUCCUGCCGCACGGACUGCCCACCGUCAAGGAGGUGCAGCCGGCUGUCACCGCUGCACCGCAGGAGAAGAAGGAGGAGGAGAAGGAGAAGAAAGUUCGCGAGCUGAGCGCGGAUGAGAAGCAGACGAUUCUACUGUCUUCGGAGUUCCAAAGGUUCAUGAGCCGCGCCGGCCGCGUCAUCGAACGCGCGCUCGCCGAGUCCGUGGACAUCUACACCGACUACACCGGCGGCGGCGACAAUGAGAACGCACUCGACGACAAGACGGACGGUCGCCUGUCGCUGGUGCGCACAUUCUGGGACGAGCGAUGGUCGCGCGGACGCUGCGUGACGUGCCUGGACUGGUCGUCCGCGCACCCCGAGCUGCUGCUGGCCGCCUACCACAACAGCGACGACGCGCCCCACGACCCCGACGGCGUCUGCCUCGUCUGGAACACCAAGUUCAAGAAGACCACCCCGGAGGACAUCUUCCACUGCCAGUCGCCUGUCAUGAGCGCCACGUUCGCCAGGUUCCACCCGAAUCUAAUCCUGGGCGGUACUUACUCCGGUCAGAUCGUACUAUGGGACAAUCGUAUACAGAAACGUACGCCCGUGCAACGCACGCCACUCUCUUCAUUGGCGCAUACGCACCCCGUGUACUGCCUGUCGGUGGUGGGCAGCCAGAACGCCCACAACCUGAUCUCGGUGUCGACGGACGGGCGCAUGUGCUCGUGGUCGCUGGACAUGCUGUCGCAGCCGCAGGAGACGCUCGACCUGCAACAUCGCCAGAGCAAGGCCGUCGCAGUCACCUCCAUGGGCUUCCCGCACGGCGACGUCAACAACUUCGUGCUGGGCAGCGAGGAUGGAAACGUUUAUACUGGUUGCCUGUACGGGCAGCGUGCGGGCGUAGGCGAGGCUGUGGAAGCCCACGCUGGUCCAGUGACGAGCGUGUCGUGCCACGCCGCCGCCGGGAGCGUGGACCUCGCGCACCUGUACCUCACCAGCUCCGUGGACUGGAGCGUCAAGCUGUGGUCCCUCAAGGACUCGAAGCCGCUCUACUCGUUCGAGGACAGCGGCGACUACGUCGUCGACGUGCGCUGGUCGCCCGCGCACCCCGCGCUCUUCGCCGCGGCUGACGCAUCCGGCCGGCUGGAUCUCUGGAACCUCAAUAGGGACACUGAGGUGCCAAUAGCGUCGGUGCAGGCGGAGGCUGGUGUGGCCUUUAACCGCGUGUCGUGGUCACCCUCAGGAUCUCAUCUCACGGCUGGCGAUGACGCCGGCAAGAUAUGGCUCUACGACCUCGCAGAGCAUGUGGCACAGCCGCGGCACGACGAGUGGAGCAAGCUGGUGUACACGCUGCAGGAGUUGAGGAACAACCAGGCUGAUGAAGAGACCGAUCGCCUCAGCCUCGCCACCAGCGGACCGCCCUCGCUCGGCAGCCUCACUUCGCUCGCCAGCAACCCGCUCAGGUAACUGGCCUGGGACGCUAGGUGCGGCUGGCGACUGUAAUAACCACACAAUAAUUAUAUACUCACGCACUGAAUUAUCGAGUAAAAUAACCCACACUUAUCUAGACGUAAACAUGUGGCUAAACUUGUCUUCUUUAAUUUUUCCCAUACUUCACUUAUGGUUCAAGAUAUGCCAUAAAAUGGAUACUUGGUUUUGUUUGAAAUUUAGAUAAAUAUUUGAAUUUGAUUGCAUCAUAUUCAAAUAUACUAUUUAACAUGUAUUUUAUGUAAUUUCAAUUUGAGCCUAAUUUGAUUGCUAUAAAAGCCAAGGUGCUUGUUUUUGUAGGUACAAUUUCAAUCUAUGUCAAUGAUAAAUUAUAGUAAAUAUUUAAUCAAUUUAUAGAUUUUCGUCAUAAACUGUGAAGCAAUGCUGUUGACAAUUCUUAAAUUAAAAUGAAAUGGUAAUUAAGCACAAAUUAAACAAUGAGAAUGUUAAUAGGAGACUUAAGAUUAUUCUGGGCUGGGAAAAAGUAGAAAUAUUUUCAGAUAAACAACUAACUGCACUGUAAAAUAUGAACAUACAAUGUAGAAGAAAGAUGCAUAAAUAUUUAUAUGUUUAAUUAAAAUUCCAUCUUCAAGGUUCUCGAGAAUAAGAACAAAGAUAAAUAAAUAUUUAUAUAUGUUUUACUUGAUAGAAAUUGCAUCGUACAAGGUUCUCGAGAACAUAUAGUGUAAGUGUUUACCUACUUAUCAUUAUUGAACAUAGAUUUCUAGUAGGUACAGGUACUCCCGCGUACACUUAGAUUGUGGAAUGAACUUCCUGCCGAGGUUUUCCCACGAGACUACAGCAUGGGGUUUUUCAAGAAAGGUAUAUU